AUGCGUACAGGGCGUCUUAAGAAACCGAAGAAAGGUUCCGCCAGAGGGUGGGUCAGGGCUCAGGUUUGCAGCUGUGGAGAAGCGCCGGAGGCCGUGCAUCUCCAGGAGGUAGGGAAAGCCUCCGAGAGAGCCUCCAGGCCCCCGCCCCCGGCUCUUCUAGGGACCCGCUCAUCCUGGAACCCGGCGCGGGGCUCCCGGCGCGGGGCCGGGGAGGGGUGUGGCGGCGCAGGGGGUAGGACCCGCAGGCUGCCGGUGGGGGGGGCGGGGGGGCUGAACCCGCCUGGCCGACCUCCGCAAGGAGCUUCAGUGCAGGGGGCGGGGGAGAGUGGAGGGAGGAGGCCUAAAACCUCAGGGUGCAUACGAGGGGAGGACUCGAUUGCAGAGGGAGGGCAGAGCCGCCGAGCAGCUGGGCGCAGGAGUGAGCGAGCGUGCGAGCGGCCCGGGGGAGCGCGGCUGCGGCUCUGCCGCGGGCAGGGAGCCGGCCGGCGCGUCGUACUCCGUAACCAGGGCGGCCCGGCUCCCCGCAGCCCUGCAAGCCGAGCCAGAGCUCCCGGAGCCCGCCGCCGGCCGUGCGCUCGCUUCGCUGCCGGGAACCUGGACGAGCCCGGGAGAGUGAAGGUACCUGAGUUCACUUAACAGAACAGUCUUAAAAGAAGGAAAAGAA